UAUCCCGGCAUCGCGUGGCGGUGGCUGGUUGGAUCUGGUAGGUUGGACGUGAAGUCGCUGGUUGGAACGAAAGUGACCUCAAAGUGAAAAUGUCCGUGAGAGCUGUGCUGGCUGUGACUGUCAUUUCCUGCCUCCCUGCCCUGAGGGGAUCCACCAUGAUCCUGGCAGAUGCUGGCACAGAUGUGCUCCUGCCCUGCAAUGUGCAACACCAAGGCGGCUUCAAUCUUUUGGACGUCACUAUCAACUGGGAGCGUCCUGACACCAUCGUGUGCAGCUUCUACCAUGGCAGCAGACAGCUAGAGCAUCAAGACGAGAGGUUUAGGGGCAGGACCCAGCUCUUCCCAAACAAAUUUUCAAAGGGCAACGCCUCCCUCCUACUGCAGAGAGUCAACCUAGCUGACACCGGGAAUUACUCCUGCAAUGCUGUUCUCUGGGCCAACACCCAGCUCACUGUUCACACAAUGUUCCUCCAAGUGACAGGGAACGGGCUUGCUGUCACACUGCUGGGAGCCGUGCACUGUCUCCCUGCCAUCCUGCUGCUGCUGUGGUACACGUAGUGAGUCUUCCUGCAUAGCCCAGAUGCAAACACUGAGUCGAGGAGCCCUGAGCACUGAGAAACCCAAAGUACCUAUGGCUUCAGCUUCCAAUGAAUCUCCACUGCACAUGAUCUAUCAGUUGCUGUGACUGCCCUGGAUUAAUGCUUUGAAUGAUACAGUGUUUGCUUAGAGGAGCUGCUGCAGGAAUUCCUCUUGCGAUUUCACAAUUUGAGCAUAUGUGUAUGUAUGUGUAUAUAUGUGUAUAUAUAUAUGUGUGUAUAUGUGUGUGUGUGUGUGUAUAUAUAUGUGUGUGUAUGUGUAUAUAUGUGUGUAUAUAUGUGUAUAUAUGUAUAUGUGUGUGUUCAAAAUUUAAGAAUUGGCAUAUAUAUUCAUCUUAUAAAAAGUCUAUGUAUAAAGAUGAAUAUAUAUCCCAAUUACUACAUUAGAACAUGUGUGUGUAUAAGUUCAAAUUAAGAAUCGUGUUGAGAUCUUAGCGCUCUCAAAGUUCCUUUCAGCCCUUAUGGAUCUAUAUUAGAUUUGUUUUUAUUUAUAUAGUAGAAUAGGUAUAUCUACAUUUUAGAUAUUGCAUAUAUAGAUAGAUAGAUAUCUAUAUCUAUCUAUAGAUAUAUGUAUAUCAGGCUUGUUUUGUAAGGAGAAUAGAUAGAUAGAUAUUAAUCUAUUUAAAUGCAAUUGGAUUUUAAAGAAAAUUAUAUGCACUCUAACUUAUCAAUUGAGUAUUUAAAUUGAUCACACCUAUUUAGCUAUAAAAUAGAGAUAUCACUUUCAUAGAUUUCAUAGACAUCAGGGCUGGAA